AUGGCCGCAACACAAGGCACACGACGGUCCUCAGGAGGUUCGGACUUUGAGUACCUGACCCCAAUUGGCUUCUCAUACUACGCAAGUGCGUCCUCCCUGAGUGGUGCGUUCUACCAGACACUUCUCAAUAGAUGCUGGAGACGAUCAGGGACUCUCUUAUACCGACCGAAUCAGCGCGAGUCGUGCUGUCCUCAUUACACGAUUCGCCUCGACUCAAACGAGUUCAAACCGUCGAGGACGCAGAGGCAGACCGCCAAUCGCUUCAACAAGUUUGUUCUGGGCGACAGCUACAUCAAAGAAAGCGCCCGACUUCAUCCCCGAAGCAAGGCUGAGGCCAAGAAGAGAGACAAUGAGUACGUCUUGGCCGAUCGCAUCCACGAAGCGGAGUACGAUCGCCUCGCGACGCCUCCAGAACCAGCCCACAAGCUGGUGGUGACUCUGGAAGAAGACAACUUCACCGAGGAGAAGUUUGCCGUGUACAGCAAUUACCAACAGGUCGUCCAUAAGGAUCCACCCGAGGACAGGACAAAAAGGGGCUUCAAGCGCUUCCUGUGCAGCUCACCAUUACGACGCGAGAAGUAUGUCGGCCCGGAUGGUCGAGUGCGGCAGCUAGGCUCCUACCAUCAAUGCUACCGGUUAGAUGGGAAGCUCGUAGCUAUUGGGGUGUUGGACCUGUUGCCUGACUGUGUCAGCUCCGUCUACUUUCUCUACGACGAGAGUAUUCACAUGCAUUACCCCGGAAAGCUUGGUGCGUUGCACGAAAUCUCCCUUGCGCAUGAGAAAGGGUACAGAUGGUGGUACGCUGGGUUCUACAUCCACAGCUGCCCCAAGAUGAGGUACAAGAUCGACUAUGCGCCCCAGAACGUUCUGGAUCCUGUGUCCUUGAAGUGGAAUCCCCUCGACGAGGAGAUGCUGACACUUCUCGAUCAAAAGCCAUUCGUCAGUUUGUUUCUGGAGCAACAACUAAAGAGCAAGGCUGGCGAACCUGAUUCUGAAGGACUCGACAGUGUGUCUAAGCGCCCGGUUCCUUUGCAAAAGGGAUCAGAGGAUGAGGAGGGCGAAGAUGACUCCGACACAUCCUUGUUCCUGUCUCGCAUGCCUGGAAUCGCUCCUCUUGCCGAGAUGAAGUAUUUGAACCUGGACAACAUCGCUAUCAGAGUCAGCCUGACCGGGCCGUUGUACACUACGUCUGCUCUCGUGGCAUGGGAGCGAACGAGGGUCGAUCAGUGGCCGGGGAUCAAGGCGGCAGUGGCCGAGCUUGUAGCAGCCCUAGGAAUAGACUGCGUGGACGUGUUGUGUGUGGAUCUGACACGGGCUUCAUAG